ACGUCCGAUACAGUCAAGAUGGACCAGAUAACACCGAAGGAGGUGAAGAUCCUGGAGAAUCCAGAGGACAUCCAGGAGAGGAGGGAACAAGUCCUUGGGAGAUACUCGAAUUUUAAGUCAGAGGCGAGGAGCAAGAGGGAUAAACUCGAGGACUCACGUCGCUUUCAGUAUUUCAAGCGCGAUGCCGACGAACUCGAGGGUUGGAUCUACGAAAAAUUGCAAGCAGCAUCUGACGAGAACUACAAGGACCCGACGAACCUCCAGGCAAAAAUCCAGAAGCACCAGGCGUUCGAGGCAGAAGUGGCAGCUCAUUCCAACGCAAUUGUCCUGCUGGACAACACCGGCUCAGAGAUGAUAGCCCAGCACCACUUCUCCAGUGAUUUGAUUCGCAAACGACUGGAAGAACUUCACCGUUUGUGGGAGCUCCUCCUCUCACGUCUAGCCGACAAGGGGCUGAAGCUGCAACAGGCCCUCGUCCUUGUGCAAUUUAUCCGCCAUUGCGACGAAGUGAUGUUCUGGAUUCACGACAAAGAGGCAUUCGUCACGACCGACGAAUUCGGCCAGGACCUGGAGCACGUGGAGGUCCUCCAGAGAAAAUUCGAUGAGUUCCAGAAGGACAUGGCCAGCCAGGAGUAUCGAGUAACUGAAGUAAAUGAAUUGGCUGACAAAUUACUCCUUGAUGGACACCCAGAGCGCGACACAAUCCUCGGUCGCAAGGAGGAGCUCAACGAGUCCUGGCAACGACUCAAGCAACUCGCAAUUCUACGACAGGAGAAGCUCUUCGGAGCCCACGAGAUCCAGAGAUUCAAUCGCGACGCAGACGAGACGAUGACGUGGAUCGCUGAGAAGGACGUGGUGCUGUCGUCAGACGAUUUUGGUCGAGACCUGGCGAGUGUCCAGACACUUCAACGAAAGCACGAGGGUAUAGAGCGAGAUUUGGCAGCACUGGAGGACAAAGUGGCGACUCUCGGAGCCGAGGCAGAUCGUCUCGCAGCAAUUCACCAGGUCGAUCACUCCCAGCAGAUCCAAUCGAAGAGAGCCGAGAUCCUGGCGUCCUGGGAGAGUCUCACCGCCAAAGCCAAGGAGCGUCGAUUCAAGUUAGAUGAGUCCUACUAUCUCCACAGAUUUCUCGCUGAUUACAGGGAUCUCGUUUCCUGGAUGAACGACAUGCGUGCGAUAAUAUCAGCAGACGAGCUUGCCAAGGAUGUGGCAGGUGCUGAGGCACUUCUUGAACGUCAUCAGGAGCACAAGGGAGAGAUCGACGCCAGAGCUGAUAGUUUUGACGCAGCAACUCUAGCAGGGAAUAAACUCCUCGAGAGAAAACACUACGCUGCAGAAGAAGUUGCCAGGAAAUUGGAUUCCCUCGCAGAGGACAAGUCGAGUCUUCUCGCCUUGUGGGAACAACGGAGAAUUCUCUACGAGCAGUGCAUGGACCUUCAGCUCUUCUACAGAGAUACGGAGCAGGCUGACGCCUGGAUGGCGAAGCAAGAGGCCUUCCUGGCAAAUGAGGACUUGGGCGACUCCCUGGACAGCGUGGAGGCUCUGAUAAAGAAGCACGAGGACUUUGAUAAGUCCCUGGCAGCUCAGGAGGAGAAAAUCAAGGCACUCGAUGAAUUCGCUGGUAAAUUGAUCGAGGGUGAACACUACGCAGCUGACGAUGUUGCCCAGAGGAGAAAAUCUCUCCUCCAGAGACGAUCAGUUCUGCUCGUGAAUUCAGCUGAACGCAGGAGAAAACUCGAGGAUGCCUACAAGCUUCAGCAAUUCGAGAGGGAUUGCGAUGAGACAAAGGGUUGGGUAAAUGAGAAACUUAAAUUUGCAACUGACGACAGUUAUCUGGACCCAACGAAUCUCAAUGGAAAAGUCCAGAAGCACCAGAAUUUCGAACAGGAGCUCAACGCUAAUAAGACGAGGAUGGAAGAGAUGGUGAGCAUUGGGCAGGAGCUCAUCGAUGGUGAGCACUACGCAAGGGAGAGAAUAAAAUCACGAAUCGAUGAGAUUGUUUCCCUCUGGGAGAGCCUCGCCAGGGCAGCCGACAAGAAGGGGACAAAACUCCAAGAGGCAUUGCAGCAGCAGCAGUUUAAUAGAACUGUCGAGGACAUUGAGCUCUGGCUGUCCGAAGUCGAGGGUCAACUGAUGAGUGAGGAUUAUGGAAAGGACCUGACGAGUGUACAGAAUCUUCAGAAGAAACACGCACUCCUGGAGGCCGAUGUGGGAUCACAUGCCGAUAGAAUCGAGGUAAUUGCUCAAGCUGCUGAGAAGUUCGUAUCCUCUGGUCACUUUGAUGCUGAGAACAUCAGGUCUAAGCAGGAACAACUGGGGAGUCGUUAUGCCGCACUCCAGAGACCCAUGAGCAUAAGAAAACAGAGACUCCUGGAUUCACUCCAGGUGCAACAGCUCUUCCGGGAUAUUGAGGACGAGGAGGCAUGGAUCAGGGAGAAAGAGCCAGUAGCUGCUUCCACUAACAGGGGUAGGGAUUUAAUUGGUGUUCAGAAUUUACAGAAGAAGCAUCAGGUUGUACUUGCUGAGAUAAAUAAUCACGAGCCCAGGGUGGCAGCUGUUUGUGAAGCUGGAUCGAAAAUGCUGUCGGAUGGUCACUUUGCUGCUGAUGAAAUUGGCCAGAGGCUCAGUGCACUCGAUGAGCACUGGCUACAGCUCAAGGAGAAAGCCAAACAGAGGAAAAUUGAUCUCGACGACUCUCUCCAGGCGCAUCAGUAUUUCGCUGAUGCCAAUGAGGCUGAGUCCUGGAUGAAGGAGAAACGUCCGAUUGUCAUGAAUAAUGAUUAUGGUAAGGACGAGGAUAGCUCUGAGGCUCUUCUGAAGAAACACGAAGCACUCGUCAGUGAUCUUGAGGCUUUUGCCAGCACCAUUGGAGCACUCCGGGAUCAGGCAGCUGCCUGCAGACAACAGGAGACACCAACUGUUGAUAUCGCUGGAAAAGAGUGCGUCGUUGCACUUUAUGAUUAUGCAGAGAAAUCUCCUAGGGAGGUCUCCAUGAAAAAAGGAGAUACUCUGACUCUAUUGAACUCUAAUAACAAGGACUGGUGGAAGGUUGAGGUGAACGAUCGUCAGGGAUUUGUUCCAGCGGCUUAUGUUAAACGAGUGGAGCCAGAGGUUGGACUGUCAGCAUCUCAGCAGAAUCUUGCCAGAGAGCAGAGCUCAAUUGCUGCGAGACAGGCGCAAAUUCAGGGACAGUACGAUGAUCUACUCCAAUUGGCACACGAGCGUCAGAAUAAACUCAAUGAAACAGCGAAGGCUUAUGUUCUUGUGAGAGAAGCCGCUGAAUUGGCGACCUGGAUCAAGGACAAGGAGAAUCAUGCACAGGUCCAGGAUGUGGGUGAGGAUCUCGAGCAGGUGGAGGUGAUGCAGAAGAAGUUCGACGAUUUUCAGGCUGAUCUCAAGGCUAAUGAGGUCAGGCUUGCUGAGAUGAAUGAGAUUGCUGUCCAGUUGAUGAGUCUUGGGCAGACUGAGGCUGCACUCAAAAUUCAAACACAAAUUCAGGAUCUCAAUGAGAAGUGGACGAGUCUUCAGACAUUGACUGCUGAGAGGGCGAGUCAAUUGGGCUCUGCACAUGAGGUACAGAGAUUUCAUAGGGAUGUUGAUGAGACUAAGGACUGGAUCAGGGAGAAGGAUGCUGCGUUGAAUAAUGAUGAUCUUGGCAAGGAUCUCAGAAGUGUUCAGGCAUUGCAGAGGAAGCACGAGGGGCUCGAGAGGGAUUUGGCUGCACUUGGGGAUAAGAUCAAACAGUUGGAUGACACUGCCAACAGGCUUAUGCAAUCACAUCCUGACACUGCUGAGCAAACUUAUGCCAAGCAGAAGGAAAUCAAUGAGGAGUGGACUCAACUCACUGCCAAGGCCAACUCCAGGAAGGAGAAAUUACUGGACUCUUACGAUCUUCAGAGAUUCCUCAGUGAUUACAGGGAUCUCAUGGCCUGGAUUAAUUCUAUGAUGGGACUUGUCGCCAGUGAGGAACUCGCGUCUGACGUCACUGGUGCUGAGGCUCUUCUUGAGAGGCAUCAGAAUUACAGAUCCGAAAUUGACGCGAGAUAUGGAAUCCUCGAGGAGCACAGAACGGAAGUGGACGCACGUGCAGGUACAUUCCAGGCCUUCGAGUUAUUCGGCCAACAACUCCUUCAAUCCUCCCACUACGCCAGCGUUGAAAUCCAGGAAAAACUCGAAUCAAUGGCCGAAGCCCGUCAGGAGCUCGAAAAGGCGUGGAUCCAGCGUCGAAUGCAACUGGACCAGAACCUGGAGCUCCAGCUAUUCUGUCGAGACUGCGAGCAAGCAGAAAAUUGGAUGAGCGCUCGUGAGGCCUUCCUGAGCUCCGCCGACGCGGUCGACAGCAGUGACAACGUGGAGGCAUUAAUUAAAAAACACGAAGACUUCGACAAAGCGAUAAACGCACACGAGGAGAAAAUCGCUGCACUCCAGACACUGGCUGAUCAGCUGAUAGCAGCUGAGCAUUACGCAGCCAAACCGAUUGACGAUCGUCGCUGUCAAGUGCUGGAUCGUUGGAAGCACUUGAAGGACGCCCUGAUCGAGAAACGAUCGAAAUUGGGAGAGUCUCAGACACUCCAGCAAUUCUCUCGAGACGCUGACGAAAUGGAAAACUGGAUUGCAGAGAAACUUCAAUUAGCGACUGAGGAGAAUUACAAAGACCCAGCGAAUAUUCAGUCGAAACACCAGAAGCAUCAGGCAUUCGAGGCAGAAUUGGCAGCCAAUGCUGACAGAAUUCAGUCUGUCCUGGCGAUGGGUGGAAAUCUCAUCGAGAAACAUCAGUGUGCUGGAUCAGAGGACGCAGUCCAGAAGAGACUGGCGUCAAUAGCUGAUCAGUGGGAGUACCUCACCCAGAAGACGACGGAGAAGUCCCUGAAGCUCAAGGAAGCCAACAAGCAGAGAACUUACAUCGCAGCCGUUAAGGAUCUGGACUUUUGGCUGGGUGAGGUCGAGAGUUUACUGACCUCUGAGGACGCUGGAAAGGAUCUCGCAUCUGUUCAGAAUCUAAUGAAGAAACAUCAACUGGUGGAGGCUGAUAUUCAGGCACACGAGGAGAGAAUUAAGGAUAUGAAUGCACAGGCUGACUCUUUGAUCGAGAGUGGGCAGUUCGAUGCAGCCGGUAUUCAGGAGAAGAGACAGAGUAUCAACGAGAGAUACGAGAGAAUCCGUAAUUUGGCAGCUCACAGACAGGCAAGACUCAAUGAAGCUAACACUCUCCACCAAUUCUUCAGGGAUAUUGCUGACGAGGAGAGCUGGAUCAAGGAGAAAAAAUUGCUCGUGGGAUCUGACGAUUAUGGUAGAGACUUGACUGGAGUUCAGAACCUGAAGAAAAAACACAAGAGGCUGGAGGCUGAACUGGGGAGUCACGAGCCAGCGAUUCAGGCGGUACAGGAGGCCGGGGAGAAGCUGAUGGAUGUCUCGAAUUUAGGAGUACCUGAGAUCGAACAGAGGCUGAAGCUUCUCAAUCAGGCGUGGGCUGAGCUGAAACAAUUGGCUGCCACUAGGGGUCAGAAACUCGAUGAAUCACUCACUUAUCAGCAGUUCCUGGCUAAAGUUGAGGAGGAAGAGGCCUGGAUCACUGAGAAACAGCAACUUCUCUCUGUAGAAGAUUAUGGAGACACAAUGGCAGCUGUUCAGGGGCUCCUGAAAAAGCACGAGGCCUUUGAAACCGAUUUUGCUGCUCAUGGGGAACGCUGCAAGGACAUCUGCGAGGCUGGGGAGUCCCUCAUUGCCUCUGGAAAUCAUAGGGGAGAGGCCAUUGGUCAACGCUGCACACAAUUGAGGAGCAAAUUGGAUCAAUUGGGGGCCCUUGCCACUCGCAGGAAGACACGACUCACUGACAAUUCAGCUUAUCUACAGUUUAUGUGGAAAGCUGAUGUCGUGGAGUCAUGGAUUGCUGAUAAAGAGACUCAUGUAAGGUCUGAGGAAUUCGGAAGGGAUUUGUCGACUGUUCAGACUCUUCUCACGAAACAGGAGACAUUUGAUGCUGGAUUACAUGCCUUCGAGCAUGAGGGGAUUCAGAAUAUUACGACUCUGAAGGAGAGACUUGUCGACGCAGGACACGAACAGACCCCUAAUAUCCAGAAGAGACACGCCGAUGUCAUCACCCGAUGGCAGAAACUCCUGGCGGACUCUGACUCCAGGAAGCAGCGACUCCUGAGGAUGCAGGACCAGUUCAGGCAGAUCGAGGAGCUCUACCUGACAUUCGCGAAGAAAGCGUCGGCAUUUAAUUCUUGGUUUGAAAAUGCUGAGGAGGAUUUGACUGAUCCUGUAAGGUGCAAUAGUAUUGAGGAGAUCAGGGCACUCAGGGAGGCGCAUGCCUCGUUCCAAGCGAGUUUGUCGUCGGCUGAGGCUGAUUUUCAGGCACUCGCUGCCCUUGACAGACAGAUAAAGAGCUUCAAUGUGGGACCCAAUCCCUACACAUGGUUCACGAUGGAGGCGUUGGAGGACACCUGGAGAAAUUUGCAGAAGAUCAUUAAAGAGAGGGAUGUGGAGCUCGCAAAAGAGGCCCAGAGACAGGAGGAGAACGAUAAGUUGAGGAAGGAGUUCGCGAAACAUGCGAAUGCCUUCCAUCAGUGGCUGGCGGAGACGAGGACGUCGAUGAUGGAGGGGUCUGGAUCACUCGAGCAACAGCUCGAGGCCACGAAGAGAAAGACCCACGAGGUCAGGGCUCGCAGGCAGGAUCUCAAGAAAAUCGAGGAUCUUGGGGCCAUUCUAGAGGAGCAUUUGAUUCUCGAUAACAGAUACACCGAGCACAGCACUGUGGGACUGGCUCAGCAGUGGGAUCAACUCGAUCAACUCGGAAUGAGAAUGCAGCAUAAUUUGGAGCAGCAGAUUCAGGCCAGAAAUCAGUCUGGUGUGUCGGAGGAUGCACUCAAGGAGUUCUCCAUGAUGUUUAAGCAUUUCGACAAGGACAAGAGUGGAAGACUCAAUCAUCAAGAGUUCAAAUCCUGUCUCAGGGCACUCGGGUAUGAUUUACCUAUGGUCGAGGAGGGACAACCUGAUCCUGAAUUCGAGAAUAUUCUGGAUAUUGUCGAUCCUAAUAGGGAUGGAUAUGUCUCUCUUCAGGAGUACAUGGCGUUUAUGAUUAGUAAGGAGACCGAAAAUGUUCAGAGCUCUGAGGAAAUUGAAAACGCAUUCCGUGCAAUCACUGCUGCCGACAGGCCUUAUGUCACUAAGGAAGAACUUUAUGCGAACCUUACGAAGGACAUGGCCGAUUACUGUGUGGCACGUAUGAAACCCUUCGUCGACGCCAAGAACGAACGAUCGAUUAUUGGAGCACUGGACUACAUAGAUUUUACUCGCACCCUCUUCCAGAAUUAAUCAUCCCUUUUUUUAGUAAUCGUAUACUCAAGCAUAAAUUAUUAUUCAACAUUAUACGACUUUUACAUUGGAUUGUAUUCAGAGCACUGCAGGCUUUCUCUUCUAAUUUAACAACCAGAAUUUUUGGUAAUUAUUGUAUUGAUGAGUUGCUUGCGGUGUUAGUCUAUUAAAAAUGCAUAUUCAGUUUUAUGGAGUAUUGGUUAUUGGAAUAUUGCUGGUAAUUGUAGAGAAGGUAUAAAUGAAUGUUAUUGAACACGAUA